GAAUCUGAGUUCUAUGGUUCCGCAAAUCCCGAAUAGGUUCACUUUUCGUGAGGAAGGUCUCGUCGAAUUUUGACAGUUGCUCAUCUUUCUUGUAUCUAAUGAGACAUUAUCGUCCGAUCGGAAUUUUCAAUUAUGUGCGUGGGUAUUUCGCGUAACUGAGCUGUACGGAACUAAUCGCGGUGCGAAGACUACGAUGAAAUGUAGCCAAUUUUUCGAGACAAGUAACAAUCAGGAGCCAAUAUUACCUGUUAUGAAUGACAAUUUCUGUAUUCAUGUUUCUGAAACAUUUUAAACUUGUCGAAUUGUCAAGAUUAACAGCCUUACUGCUACCACAUAAUGGCCUCUGCUAUGGAACAGCAACAACAACAACAACAACAACAACAGCAGACAACCUUAGAAUUUUACCAGGCAAUGGCUGAUUUCAAAAACAUGUUUCCACAAAUGGACGAUGAUGUGAUCGAGGCUGUAUUAAGAUCUAAUCAAGGAGCUGUAGACACAACAAUCGAUCAGUUACUUACUAUGAGUACAGAUAACGAAAAUGAAAAAAUUAGAAGCGAAUUAGAACAGAAUGAGAAGUCACCAAGUACCUCUAAGUCGCAGAAAACAGACUCGACGAUAUCAUCGAAAAGUAUACGUAAAUGGCAGCCUGCUUUAUUAGGACCAUUGCCAGAUACAUUCCUCCGACUUCCCCAGCAAAUUUCUGAAGAUAGUUUAGAUGCUUCGUGCUUGCAAGAAAAUUCCAUGUUGGAAGAUGAAAGAAUUGCUAUAUUUCUUCAAAAUGAAGAGUUUAUGGCCGAACUACGUUGGAAUGAAGAUUUUCUGUCAACUUUAGAAAAUGAUACAAAAAUUCAAGGGACAAGUCUUGAAAAAUGUAGCAGUCAAAUUGGUCACGACGAUGAAGAUCUUUUUAAAGAAAGAUUAAAAAAUAUGGGCAAAGUAUCUCGACGUAAGUUUGCGCAACUUACUAAAGUAUUUACACGUAGUAAAAAACGCGGCGGUAGACAAUUAUUACCCCCAACAGCUUCCUGUGAUGAUUUAUUGGACCCAGAGGAAUCAUCUAGAUUUCAGUCUUAGAAAUUAUAACACUUCCCUGAUCCUGUCAAAAAAGACAGUUUUUCAGUAAUUGGUACUUGCAGCAAUUUAUCCAGUCCAAAAGUGAAAAAGAAGCAUAUCUGUAUUAAUAUUAACAAUUGAAUGACAAACUACAAAAAAGAUUUAGGAUGAGAAUAGUUUUAUCAAUACAGAUUAUUUAAGUUAGAAAACAAUUAGCAAGACUCGUAUUCCGUACAGUUCAUAUUAAGUUGCUUGAAUGACAGUUUAAUUCAAGAAGAACAGAAAGAUCAAAAGAUAAAAUAUAGAAAUAGCUAUAGAUGUUACUUAAAAAGAAGAUUCCAGAUUACAGAAAAUUUCGUAUUUUAAUAAUGUACUGGAAAUAAGUACACAUUUUAGAUAGUAACAAUACAAUAAUUACAAGAGUCAUACUACUAAAAUAAGAAUCUCUCAAAUGUUGUUAAAAGUUUCUUUUAUCAUGACAUUGUGAAGCUUUACAAACUUUAUAUUUAUAAAUGGUUGAUAUUAUUUAAUGUAUAUUAUUAUUUAUAAUUAAUCGUUGAUAAUGAUUUAAGGAGUCUAUAAUUGUUCUUUCUACAAAAAUUUUUUUAUAGUUUAUAUUUAUUUGAAACAAAAUAUUUGUUAUUGGAGAACGUUGUUAAAAUAUAGAAUAAAUGAUAUUUGUAGGUAUCAAAUGAAUAAUAGUAAAAAAAUUUUUAUCCAACGUUAAUAUAAACAUUAAAAGUAAAAUUGAGCAUUGGCGAAUUUGUGAUUUUUAAUUUGAUUUUCAUGUGACAUUUUUGCUAAUAUAAAAAUAGCUUUUUUUUUUAUAUAUUGCUACACGCAGUAGUAAUGAUACAUUUUACAUUAAUUUUUGAGAAACUUCUAUCUAUUUACAAUUGUAAGUGUAAUGAAUUCUAGUCUGUUCGUCUAGCCACGUUACUCAUUCAGUAAUAAAUAUUGAGGAUUGUAUUACACCUACAUAUAUGUAUACAUAUUUAUAUAUAUAUAUAUAUAUAUAUAUAUAUAUAUAUAUAUAUAUAUAUAUAUAUAUAUAUAUAUAUAUAUAUAUCAGUUGGUGUACAAGACUUUUAUAUAUAGAUAAGUGUAAUUAAAUACAGUAUAU